GUCCAGCACCAAAGUGAAAAAGUCGCAGAAAUAGCGCGAACGCGAAUGUUACUAUUACUCCGACUGUUAAACCCGGGCGCAGUCGGUGUCAUUUUCCAUUUCGAUGAAAACGAAAAACGUCAACUCACAUUUACGGGACAUAAUUACGCAAUGCUGUCUUGGUUUUGUUUCCGCAGUCUUUUUCCGAGUGGCAAUUCACAGUGUCUCAAUGGUACGGAACAACCCGCGACUAAAGGAAGUACAUAUUCAACCAGAUACGAGACCUAUUAUGGGGAGGGAAAUUAGUUCCUGGGUUGUUGUCUCGUGUUAGGGAAUCCAUAAAUGAUAUUCAUGACAUCUACAACACGUUACCUACCUGAAGGGGAAAUUGGCAAAAGUGACAUUAUUUGCGUUUUCUGACCAGGAUC